AUGCUUGCCAGUCUGGUAUCUGGUUGCGGGGCAGCAUUUCUCAAAAAAAGGGCUGGAGCUUCAACUCAUGUCAGGUCGGCUUGUGGCUAUGCAGUCAUAAAUUGGUGUCAAUCUGUAUUCGCCGCUCUGACCUUGACAUUGGACAUCGAUCUUCGAUAUCUGGGACGGGAGGACUCGUACAAGUUCGGGUGCAGAUAUGGUCUCAUGCCCUACGCAGAUGGGACUUGGGCUUGGGUCUGCAACUCCCUUCGGCUGCUGUUUUUUUUGACUAGUUUGGUUUGGAUGCAGUGUGUUGUGGCUAGGCGGAUUGACCUCCUGGAGCAAACAUCCCAUCAGACGUUCUACAGCGAUUGUUUUCGUGGGCUUGUUGCUGGGCAAGCCCUCUGGGCCAUUGUGGUUGCGCUUGUGCUAUGCCCCUGGGCCUGGGUUAGCUUGAUUGACGGCGGUGCACCGUGGUACUUGGGUUUGGCUGGAAUCUCAGCAUCUGUGAUUACUUGGCUCCUCAACGUGGCAGCAAGCAUAAGGGCGAUGUGCUGCCUCACACGAUGCUUCCUCUUGUUGCGGAGCAUUUUGCGCUUCGCACGGCUUGAAGACACAUCAACUGCUGCACGUCUGUCUCUGAGGCGCGCCCAAACUUUCGCCCUUUUGCAGACUACGGGUGUAUCCUUCAGCCUUGUGCUCACGAUUUUAGUAGUACCAGCAGCGCUUGUGACUACCUUGCCUCCUCUUACAAGUGCUUUUGAAGAAGAGUGGCUGGUAGUGGCGGUCUCAAUUCAGGCUCUCGAUUCUCUGGGAAACGCGGCGGCUGCCGUGCUACUUUCUGGCAGCCACAGGUUGCAUAAGGAAAACAGGCCAUAUAGCUAUCCCAACCAGCCUGGCCAAAGCAGUCAAUGGAUGUCUUGCUUGAUAUGCACGCAGCCCAGAGCAGUAACAACAAUGGAGACAACAUGGAGCCUAGCCUGGAAAGCAAAAGUUGCAGAACUCUCGCUGCGAGGGAUGACUUUGCGUAGCCUUCUCCUGUUUUAUCAGGACCACCUGCCUUCAAUGCCUGGCUGGAGAUAUGCACCCAAGGACCACAAAACUAAAGAUGUGGUUCGCAGGGCAAUCAUUCCUCUUACAAGCAGAGAAGAGUCUUCUUAUGCUGUUUCAGCGUUAAACAGGGAUGGUGCUCGAAGGGCUGCCAUCAUGGUGACCCAUAAUUGGGGAAACAACUUCAAAGACCUCCUUGCGGCCAUAGUCUCGGAUGCUCUUCAGGAAUGCAGCUUCAAUUUGGCAGCAAGGCUUCUGGAGGAAGACGUAGCACUGAUGUCCACGAUCCUGUCUGACAGUGGACGUUUGGAUGAUACGUAUUGGGUCUGCGCUUUUGCGGUGAACCAACAUACCAGCAUCUGCCAUACGAACCCUAAGAACCGCGAUCCUUUUACGGAUGAGCUGCAUCCAGUGUGCAGCUGCAGUAGCGUGAAUAUCUCUGAUCCGGAUGGCCAAUGCACCUUGUCCGAGAUCAACAAAUUCGACGACAUGAUGUAUCUUCUUGCAGCAACCGGAGGCUGCAGGCAAGUGAUUGCGGUGGACCAGUCCCUCGACUUGUUCAAGCGUGCAUGGUGCGUCGCGGAAAUUGCAGAAGCAAAGCGUCUACAAAUGACUCAACAAUUAAAGCUCUCCUCCAUUGCAACCAUCCUGCAACGUGCACACACGUUAAGCAACUUGGAUGUUGGGAAAAUGGAGGCAUCCUGUGAGAAGGACAGGGAACUCAUCUUGAAAAAAAUCGAAGGGAACAUGACCCUCGACCAGUUCAAUGCAGAGCUGCGAUCGCUCAUAUUCGACCCAAGGUCCGGCCUUUUGACAGCCUGGAGAGACAUGGAUAGUGUGCAGCAAAUCGGAGAAGUCGGCCGGCUAAUUCGAUGGGGCCUUGCUGAUGCAGGCACUGGGAAAGUCUGGAAAGCAUGGGAAGCCCAGGAAUGA